GUUGUCAAGGACUGUAAAAAUGGCGGCGCCCAUGACAGAUUCAAGUCUGCUGAAUCUCCAAAAGGAAUUCGGCGAAAAUGAAGAAGCUAUGGAUGAAGAAAUCAUGUACAGAAAGUUGCUUAUGCAGGCAUCUGAGAUGCAAGGGCUGGACCCAAACGGUCCUGCACCAACAUACCACAAGGUCAAGCCAGUGCCAGGCUUCUGCAUCAAAACCAAGAACGACAAGAAAGAGAAGGUUUUCAUCAAUGUGUGCACGUCAAGUGAGCUUCCAGCACCUCUAGACAUCACAGAGGAGGAAUUGGUAAAGAUCCUCGAUUCGGAUGAGCCAAAUUAUAGGGUGCCACUGAGCAUUGGUGAAGGACAUGCAGAAAUGGACAAGCAUGGAAAAGGUUGUUCUGCUUAUGAUGUUCUCAUCAACACCAGCUUCUACGAGAAAGUUCAGAAGAGCAACCUCUUCAAAGGAUUCUUGAUCUCCGUCAUCUUGGAAGGGUUGGAAAGCAAAUACCAAAUUCUGCUGGAGAGAAACUGGGUACAGCUUAAGAACAGGAAGAGCCUAGGCACCCUUGCCGAGCACAACAUCCGGGCCAAGUCCAAACCCAGGAUCCUGGAGAUGGAGUCAGCCAGUGGAGAUAGUCUUGGAAUAAGUGCUCAAGAGAAGCCCAAGGCAUCCUUGAUCACGGAGGUUGAGAGCCCACAGGAGGCAGGCAGCACCGCCCCAGAGCCGGCCUACACUAUAAUGCGGGAGCCUGUGGAGGGACAUCCUGAGUUCCUGGUGGUUGAGAUCAAGCUUCCCGGAGUGAGAACGACCAAGACAUUAAGCUUAGACCUAGGUGAAGACCGGGUGCUGCUACAUGCCCACCCCAACCGGUAUCACCUAGACAUCUACCUGCCCUUCGACGUGGACACGGACGAGAGCGGGGCACAGUUCAACAAAGACAACAAGGUCCUGACUCUCACCCUUCCUGUGCUACCUUUGUCAGUGUGAAAGCGCUAGCUCCAGGUUAGUUAGGAUAAUGAAUGGUACAUUUAAAUAAGGGGAAUGCAGCUUUAAACACCAAUCUUUAACAUCGCUGACCAAACCCUCCUGCUAUUUAAACAGCCACAGACAGUCAAAAUUCACUUCCACUUCCCCUGCUAUACUUUUAACACGAGCUACUCACAAGCAGUCAGGUCAUAUGUCGAGCAAGCACUGUGACUUGUCAAAUGGUCAACAGACAAAGCAGGCAAGUUGUGGCCACAGCUGUUUUAUCACUCACCGGGAGUCAAAGCAUAGCUGCAUCACCUCACUUAAACAGUCGAAGCCAGUUAAUUCUGCUUUAUGUAGGUUGGGAAUUCAUAACUGUUGAAAAACAGUCACUUGUUUGAUUUUGACGGAAAGGACUACUUGGCACAGAGUGUAUGUUUGCUCAGACCACCCACGUGACAGGCUUUCGACCAAUAGGAAUGGGUAAACUCAACUGUCUCAGGUAUUUAUGACUGGUUAGUCAAGUGAGAAAAUUGGGAAACGCUGAUCAAGAUUUUUUUUUACAUUUCAAGCAAAUAAACCAUUUCCUAGUUGCACUGUUUCUCAGUGUGGAUAAUUUUGAGAACUGUUAUUUCAUGGUGGACUUUUAAGAUCGUUUUGGCUAGAUUCAGCGCAUAAAUUACACCAUCAACAGUGAAACUGCGAAGAGGCACCAAUAUUAGAGGACGAUUGGACACCAUCUUACAUUGCGCACGCUGAUGUGUGCGACACGCUGAUGUGUGCGGGACGGGACCAGCAUAUAGGGCUCGUUCAAUGACGGCCAUCUCUGUAGGAGAACUGCAACUACGUAUUUUACGCAAUCAAGCACGCAUUGCGCAGUGUUGAAAAUGUUCCAAACACGCUCGCUUGUUGCUCGAAAUGUGUUCGAAAUACAACGCAGCUGAUGCGUAUUAUGCAAGUUGACGCUCAAAAUGCCGAUGCAUGUGAAUGGUCUGUUGGAAAUGACGUCAUUUGAACAAGACCUAUUACCCUUCAAUUCUUGCUGUUACUUGUUGGGGUUACACAGCGCCCUCGUUUGUCAAUGCAUGGAGUCUGAAAUGGACACGCUUUGGCGAUAUUAUUUUGUAAAGUUUCCUUUUAGUUAUUUUUGGUACAAUGUCUACAUAAAUCACUUACAUGGCAAGCAUUGCCCAAGAACCAACAAGAGCACAUGCUCUUACACAGGGCCCUAGUUGCCCAGAGUCCACAUUGGACUUCAUCAUUUUCAGUUUCUUAUGUUAUUUUCCUUUUGUUCAAACAAAUUUGUAUGUUCUUAAUCAGAUUCAUACAGACUUAUUUGAUGUACAGAUAAACGUCCAUUUUAUUUUCAGUUCCAAGUUACAAUGUUAUUUCCUUUUUAUUUAAACAAUUUUUUGUGUUGUAAUUCAGAUUCAUACAGACUUAUUUGAUGUUCAGAAAUACAUAAAUUUUAUAUUUCAGUUCCACGUUA